AUGACCGUUGGCCGUCUCGAUCCUCAUUCGUCUGCUAGCGCUGGUGACCAGCGUACGCAGUCUGCUUUUCCUUACGCUUCGUCUGUGCCGCCCACCCCGCAGUUCGUCCUGCCCUAUCCCCCUCAGCCGUUUUCUGGGGUUCCUCAGUGUCCAUACGGAUGUCCAUCGGCUGAUCCCCACAGCGGUCCCCACUUCCCGCCUGGUGCUACACCAUAUCCGUUGCCAUACGGGCACCAGGGUCUUGUGUACGCGUAUCCUCCUCCGCCGCCGCCGCCUUUCGGCUAUCCCUCGUUGUAUCCCUCGGCGUCUCAGCAAGCGAUCCCGCGCAAACGUCAGCAAGUGAAGACGGCUUGCACUAACUGCGCGGCGGCGUGCAAGAAGUGCGAGGAAGCCCGCCCCUGCGAUCGGUGCGUCAAGUACAACAUCGCGGAUACUUGCGUGAGUGCUGUACGCAAGGAGCGCAAGAAGGGGGUCAAAAGGGGUCCGUACAAGAAGAAAGAGAAGGACGCCACUGAACCCAAGGCAACGGAGACGGGAUCGCCAACACAAUCGGCGGCGCCCGUCCGAUCGGGUUCCCCGGCGCCUGCCUCCAACGGCGAGGUGCACAGCCCAUCCAAGUAUUCGCCUCCGCCUGCCUUCUCGUCGGGUGUUCCGCCUUCCCCGCAUUAUUUCCCACAGGCGCCCGAAGGUCAUCCGUACCCGUACUGGUACCCGCCGCAACCCCAUUACUUGCCGCUCCCGCCUUUACCUGGUGAUGCUCAAGACGGGCGUCCUCUUUCUCAGGCAGUCCCACCUCCGUACCCGUACUUCGCCGCGCCUCUUCCUGCAGCCUACCCUCCUUACCCUUUGUAUCCCUCCCUGCCAUACCCUCCACCGCCCGGCGCGAUGUCGGUCCCCGCGCCGUAUGCGCCGGGGCCUGCUUCCGCAUCGUCAGGUUCGGUUGCGAGCGCUCCACCGACACCAUCGCCGGCAGGGUGUGAUACAGAGGAGAAGCAUGUGCAAGCUCGCGAAGGGGUCUCUCCCGGUGCUGCGAAGCGCAAGAUCAUUGUGUGGGACGACCAUCCCGGACCACAGCCUGCUGCCAAACGCAGCCGUUGCGUGGAUAACACCGCAGCGAUGUGA